CCUGCAAGGGUAAAGAUAACAACAACAACAACAACAAAUACUGAUAAGAACUGAUUGCUGAAAUAAAACAAUGACAGAUUACGGCGAUUUGGUUGGUGCUGUUGACCAGGGCACAAGUAGUUCCAGAUUUUUGAUAUUUUCCACCAAAGAUGCAAGAUUAGUAACUUUCCAUCAACAGGAAAUAGAACAGAAAUAUCCCAAUGAAGGAUGGUGUGAAGAAGACCCCAUGGAGAUAUUGCAGUCUGUGAAAACAUGCAUGAAAGAAGCUCUGACCAAACUGCAGCAGUUGAACAUCAGUCCUGACAAGAUAAAGUGUAUUGGUAUCACCAAUCAGCGAGAGACAACAGUUGUAUGGGACAAGGUAACAGGCGAGCCUUUGUACAAUGCCAUUGUGUGGUUGGAUGCUAGGACGGCCUCCACUGUGAAUCAGCUGAUAGAGAAAACAGAAUGUAAAACAAAGGAUGGGCUUCGGAGUCUAUGCGGACUGCCUAUUGCCACAUACUUCAGUGCUGUGAAGCUUCGCUGGUUGCUAGACAACGUACCGGCAGUUUCCAAGGCAGCACAGGAAGGCAGGUGCUUGUUUGGGACAGUGGACAGCUGGUUACUAUGGAACUUGACAGGAGGCAGGAAUGGGGGUUGUCAUAUCACAGAUGUCACCAACGCCAGUCGCACCAUGCUGAUGAACAUUGAGACACUGCAGUGGGAUGAUCAGCUGUGCAAGUUCUUCGGAGUAGAGAAGACGAUGUUGCCUGAGAUACGAAGUUCUGCGGAAGUCUAUGGCACACUGACAGAGGGACCUCUCAAGGGCUUGCCAAUAUCUGGAAUACUUGGUGACCAGCAGGCGGCCUUGGUUGGACAGCUGUGUUUUAAGCCAGGCCAAGCCAAGAACACGUAUGGAACUGGCUGUUUUCUGCUUAUGAACUCAGGUGAGAAGCCAGUCCAGUCAAAGAACGGGUUGCUGACAACAGUGGGUUACCAGCUGGGACCAGGCAAACCCGCAGUCUAUGCUCUUGAGGGAGCUAUUGCCAUUGGAGGAGCGUGCGUUAAAUGGCUGAGAGAUAAUCUGGGUAUAAUAUCAACUGCCCCCGAAAUUGAAACCCUUGCUCGGAAGGUGGAUAGCACCUAUGGGUGUUAUUUUGUACCAGCCUUCUCUGGCCUGUUCUGUCCUUAUUGGCAAAGUGAUGCCCGAGGGAUCAUAUGUGGGUUGUCCCAGUUUACAACCAAGGAGCACAUUGCAAGGGCAGCCUUGGAGGCCGUCUGCUUCCAGACUAGGGAGCUCCUAGAGGCUAUGGCCCAGGACAGCGGUAUCCCACUGCGCUCCAUACAGGUGGACGGAGGUAUGACUGCCAAUCAACUUCUGAUGCAGCUACAGGCUGAUCUCAUGGGCAUCGACGUGGUGCGGCCUGCUAUGCCAGAGACCACUGCCCUGGGGGCUGCCAUGGCUGCUGGCCAUGCCCUGGGGGUCUGGGACUUAGAGGCCGAUGGGACUCAGGUUGAGACAGAAACUUUCACUAGUCAAAUAGGGGCAGAGGAAAGGGACCAGAGAUUUGCAAGAUGGAAAGAAGCUGUGAAAAGGUCCAUGCAUUGGGUUCAAUAAAAAAGGGCUGCAGUCUGAUCGAGUUGAAUUAGUUAGAGGAUGAGAAUAGGGCAAUAUUGAACAAGAUUGUCAUCAACUUUCGUUCAUGGCUGCUUGGACUUCUGAAAUUCUUAUGGUGCUAACACAUGACAUUCAAAAUGUUAAAAUUUCAUGUCUUUUCUCAUAUUAUAUAUUCCAGCAACUGUGAGUUAAAAUCCAUGUCAUUUGUUUUUUAAGUUUUUUGACAUUUUGUUAGCUAUAUUUGUGUUAAUAGAGAUUUUUGCUUCAUGUGUUAGCUAUAUUUGUGUUAAUAGAGAUUUUUGCUUCAUGUGUUAGCUAUAUUUGUGUUAAUAGAGAUUUUUGCUUCAUGUGUUAGCUAUAUUUGUGUUAAUAGAGAUUUUUGCUUCAUGUGUUAGCUAUAUUUGUGUUAAUAGAGAUUUUUGCUUCAUGUGUUACCUGUUUUGCUUAAGAACUAGUAUUUUUUUAUCACACAUAUUCUUAAUUUAUGAAAUUAUAUAUUUUUGUGUUUCAGCUUGUAAAACAAAUAUUUUUUGAUUCAUCAAAUUUAUUAUCAAAUAAACAAAAUCCAGUUUUUGUUGUUUAUAUGUUUUAAAUUUUGUAUUGUGUAUACCAGUAUACAUAAAUUUAUUCAAUUGAUACAUGUGUUUUUUGUAAAACAAUAAAAUAUGAGACAAUAAUUUUCUGUAAUUCUGUACACAAUUUAGGUCGUGUUUAUUAUGUGUUAAUUGAUAAUUUUCUUUAAUUAUGUUAUUAUGAAUCAAAUAUUAGUCAUACUCUCAUAUGUGUAUUUAUUUAGGUAUGUGUCUGAACAAUACUAGUAUUACUGUAUCAUUUAAUCUAUCUGUGAUGUUUGUAUAUUGAUUUUUAGUUUACUUUACUUGCCAUACAUUUUGACCUCUUUUACACUUUAGAUUUCUAAGUUAUGUGUUUGACAUUGUAAUAUUGUUAACUGAACAAAAACACGUUGAAAUGGGCUAGAUUUUUGGAGAAAACACACAAAUCUGUGGAAUUAAGGUAGCUAAUUUAUAAUCUUUUCAAAAUCACAUACAUAUCAAUUAAUAAAUUGAAAUUAACAUUGCUGCAUCUUAUAGAUCAGCAUUGUUUGUACCAUGGUUCGGAUUUUUUUUCAAAUAUACUGAGAUCAAGAUUAAAACUUUUAGAUUGAUGGUUUUGAAAAUUGAAGACGUGACAUGGCUUUUCUAAAGACUAAUACUUGUAAAUACAUGCAUUUUUUUAUUAUAAUCAGUUUCUAGUCGGUAUAGCUUUAUAGUACCUAGUUGUUUUGUUUGAAACUAUUGAACAGAAAAAAGGUAGAACAUAAAUUGUAAACACAUGAAUGCAUAAAUAUUUUAUAACCCAAAUUUAUGUGGUCAUAUUGUUAUUUUGCUGAAACUUGUUAAAGUUUUGGAUAUCAAAUUGUUUACUAUGAAUCACUUAAUAUAAAUGCCUGUGAAUAAAUAUUUAGUUUAUAUUUUUAUGUCCCCUUUCGAAGAAAAGGGGGUAUAUAGUUUUCGCACUGUCCAUCUGUCAGUCUGUCACACUUUUCGAGUCUGCUCUCGAAUUCAAAUAGUUUUCAUCCGAUCUUUACGAAACUUGGUCAGAAGUUGUAUCUAGACAAUAUCUACGUCAAGUUCGAAUAUGGGUCAUGCCAGGUCAAAAACUAGGUCAUGGGGUCGAAAAAACAAAUCCAAGGGAAGUAAUAAGCUUUAAAUGGAUAUAAUUAUCUCACCUGCCAAAUUAUAUAGUUUUGUGAAAUAAAUCAAAGCGGCGCAGUAGGCGGCAUUGUGUUUCUGACAAACACAUCGUACAUCGUGGUAAAAGGUCAAGGUCAUCCUUCAAGGUCUAAGGUCAAAAAUACAAAUUCAAGGGAAGUAAUAAGCUUUAAAGGGAGAUAAUUAUUCAAUAUUGAACAUAGCAACUUGAUGCAUGUGUAUCUCAUGGAGCUGCACAUUUUGAGUGGUGAAUCUACAGUCACGGUAGUGGAUUUUAAUUAUUUGCUACUAAAACAGACAUUUGUUAGAGACAAUUAUUUUCAAGGGAAGUAAUUUAUAUAAUUAUAAAUCUCAGAUUAUAUAUUUCCUUACCAAGAAUUUAAGUUCUUUUCACAGUUACUGUACAGAUUUUUUAUUUUGCUUAUUUAUAACUCAAAUGAUUGAUUUGUCAAAGUUUUUUUUUUAAUGAUAUAAUUAUCAUUUCUUUCCUGUACUAAUUUGUGAAUGGUUGGGUUUAUUACAUACUUGUGGACUUAUGUCCAUAGAUACAUUAUGAACUCUGGCUAUAAUCUCUUUGAUAAACCACAGGCCUUGGUUGUCAGUGAUGUCUGACUUGGUCAUUUUUUACUGUCUACAGACCACCCCCCAGUUGGAUUGGACAAAAUCCAAGGGAAGUAAUAAGCUUUAAAGGAAGAUGAUUUCUAUACCUGCCAAAUGAUAAAUAUAAAUUUUAUUUCAAAGCGGCCCAAUAGGCGGCAUUGUGUUUCUGACGAACACAUCUCUUGUUUGCUUUAUUGUUAUAAGUAAUAAUAAUGCUCCCUACAAAACAAUGUAGACAUCAUACAGUGGCCGCUUUGUCAAUCCUUCAGUUACACUUUCUGGUCUGGACUUCUGUAUUUCUCAACAUUGACUGGAUGGGAUUCAAUAAAGCUUUGUGUGAAGCCUGUAAAUCAAGAGCAGUUUGCACACUGUCAGGGCCGCCCGUUUCAAUGAUUUACAUCAGAGUUAUGAUUUCUGAGAUUAUUAUUUUUCUGGUAAACAAGUACAUUCUCUGCAACUGUUGAUGGGAUCUUCAACGGGUGUAGGUUCUAGGGAAAAUGUUGUGUUGUUUAUACAGGCUGAUAAAGGAUUGAAUUUUCUGUCUCCAGUGGAUUCACGUAUAGAAGAGACUAGUUCCAAGAUAAGCCUAUUCUAAUACACAGGAAAACCAUGGAAAACAUGUUUUCCCUUAAAACGCUCCUAAUCAUAUAUAUUUGGAAAUAAAAAAUAUUGUGCAUGACUUUU